AAGAGGAGCGGAGGCUCAUUCAGGUAGGGGGAGGAGCCCGAAGAGCACGCAAGGAACUCUGAUACUCGACGGGACGGGAAGGCAUCAUGUCUGGACGACUAUCAGAGGGGGGAAAUCAACAUGAGCGCUGAAGACUCCGGCCGGCCCGGCAGGCAAGUUGGGAUCAUUUUGAUGGCAUGCGCCGAGCAUCAAUAUGCAUAAGCGAUAUCACGAGUACUGCUCUCAGCUUGUCACUCUCAACUAAGCCUAACGCUAACCAGCGCGUGAAGAAGCUAGACAUUCUCCCACUUUCAGCCGUGCAUCGCGGCCGUGAAAACUGACCUCAAUCGGCGGUAGUCCGCCGUCAAGGCUCAAAUCCUCACCAUGUCCGUACUCGAGAUCCACGUGUCCAUCCUCGGCUACAGAGAAAAGCAGUGCGACGUGCUCAUCCGGAAACCCAUUCCCGCCAACGUCGCGAACAAUCUGCCGCUCCUCGACGCGUUCGCGCAGACGUCCACGAUGGCGAUCGGCUUCGACAUGAAGCACUCGCAGCGGUGGGAGUGCGAGCAAUGCGGCAAGCCCGCAUCUGAAACGUGGCUGGAUCCGCGGCCGACGAUCACUCCCGCUCAGUCGCUGGUGACUCUAUACAUGCACCAGCUGUGCCCAUCGUGUCAUGCUGCGGUCGAGACAGGCAUUCGAGACCGGCGCGCCAAAGCUAAAUCCGAAGCAGAAAGCUCGUCCCAGCCCAUUGACAGUCCCAGCAGCACCGCUCAAAUUGAAGCGACCCCCGGAGGCGACUCCCAUCCGUCCUCGAAACCUCCCGUUCCCCGGCCGAUGGCUGCAGCGAGCACGUGCGUCUCAUGCAAGUCAGCGGAAACCAGUUCUCCGGAGUAUCCGAUGUCGAGGUGCAGUAAUUGCAAGCUGACACGAUAUUGCAGCGCUAAGUGUCAGACAGCGGACUGGACGCGGCACGGGAAGAUCUGCAAAACGAUCACGGAGGUGAAGUGGCUCAACUGGGAGGACUCUAGCGAUCCCAGUUAUCGAAUGCCAGGGUCCUUUGAUUGAAGAAGGGACAUCGUUCCAGUAAUGAAAACGGAUGUCAUAGGAGGGGGUAUCUCUGGAUGCCGGACAACAUCUAUUUACGACGAAAUCAGCUUGUGUACGCUGUCAGCAAGUCUACAGGGGCUUCCAAUCAGGGAUCAAUGACUAUUUCGUCUCCGAUAGAAGCAGCUACGCCGCAAUUUUGCUUCGAGUAGUCAAUGAAGCCCCCAAUAUUCUCAUCAUGUUCCUUGGAUCUCUUCUAAAGCGCGCUCUCAUAAUGGCCACCGCCAUCAAUGUGGAAGAUAUCGGGAUCCAGAUUUUCGAAUUGAUUCACACAUACACACCUACUUGCUCCCCGUACUUCGUUCUGUGACCUCUAGGACGGGGACUUAGUCGGACACCGCUGCUGAAAGCUCCAGUGAAUCCCCAGGGAUUGGCUCCAAGGCCCCGAGGUAAAGCCGCCCAGAAGUCUGAUGCUGAGGUUCCCAUUCAGCGAAGGCAUUACUGGCAGCCAUGGGGAGGUUCUCCCAAAUUCUUGUGGCAGAAUACUUACGACUCGAUUCCGGGCUAUGCAGAUUUCCU